UCUGCAGAUAAAGAUCUACAGUUUCACAUUGUUAAGCAAGCUAGAGCUCAAAGUGCAAAAGAAGGUGCAGGCUACAGCGAAGGAUCCUACUCAUUACUGCCUGUAGAAGUUCCUCAAAAUCACAAGCGUUUCACCUGUGACCUGACUCAAGCUGAUCGCCUUGCUCUUUAUGAUUAUGUUGUUGAGGAAACAAAGAAACAGAGGUCUAGAUCCCAAAUCACAGAGAAUGACAGUGACCUCUUUGUGGAUUUAGCAGCAAAAAUCACCCAAGAUGAUAGUCAGAAAGGUCCAAAGUCCCAUCUUGAAAUUCUGGCUGAAAUGCGAGACUACAAAAGGCGGCGGCAGUCAUACAGGGCUAAAAAUGUUCAUAUAACAAAGAAGUCUUACACUGAGGUGAUUCGGGAUGUGAUUGGUGUGCAUAUGGAAGAACUCAGCAAUCACUGGCAGGAGGAGAACAGGUUAGAUAAUGCAGAGAUAUGUGAAGGAGGGAAGUCAAAAUCUUCAGGAAGGGAAGACAGGCGGUCAGCUUCAGUGGACUCACGGCAAUCUGGAGGAAGCUGUAAGGAUACCGAACGCACCAGGCACAGGAGAGACACCAGCCGGAGUCCAAACAAACGAAAAAGGAGUCGCGAAAGAGGCAAGGACAGAGAUUCUCGGAGAAAAAGAGAGAGGGAUGAAGACAAAUACCACAGCCAUAAAAGAAGAAAGUAG